AUGUCCGAAAAAUUCGACGCCGAAUUGUUGUCCAAAUUUCUGGAUCAGUUGCAAAAAAUGAUAGAUUUACGAGAGGAAAUGAUUAAGUGGCUACAAGACUUUAUUGAGGAAGUCAAAACGCAAGAAAGAGGAGUAAAUGGAGCAAAGACAGGUGGAGCGGUGCUGGGCGCGGUAUCUUUUUUUGGCCUCUUCACUCCAGCUGCACCCCUUGCUCUUGCCGGCUUGGUCGUAGCCGGAGCCACUGGUGUGGCUACUACGAUUGGCGACUUUAUUGCCAACAAGGUAAAAGGAGGAAAUCUUGAAGCUAAAGUCGAAGAAAUGAAAGCCCAAGAUUCUGAGUUAGAAAAGUUACAAAAGGAGCUCAAUGCACAAGCUGAAAUACUUGCACAGAGAUUGGAUAUCUCCAAAGACGAUGCAAUCCUUUUCCUUUUGGUUGGUGUUCCCAAAAUGGCUGCUCAAGCUGGUGUUCAAGUCGUGCGAGGUUUCGUCGAUAUUGUCAAAAUUCUUCCACACUUAAAUGCCAUAAGAGAUGCCAUGAGACUGGGGGCCUCAUUACCACAAGCAUUGGCGCUGAGUAACACAGUGUUUCAGGGCGGUAGAUUAUCAGUUAUGGCCGGCGCAGAGGGUGCAGCAAUGGCUGGAACAACACUGGCAGUCACUGCACUUACAAAAGCCCUUGGUGGUUUGGGUGCCGUGAUUGGGAUUGCUGAUGCAAUUAUCAGUUGGAGCAGCACAAAUCCGAACCGAAAAUCAGCCGAGGAUUUGUUGCCAAAGUUGGAGGAAAACCUGAAGUCCCUCGAAGGAACCAAAGUGAAGUUUGAAAAAAUGAAGAUGAUGGAGACUUGA